AUGACCAGUGGGGCGUCACGUGAUUCGCGCACCUCCGUGGCUAUCCCGACGUGCCGCAUCGAUGACCUUCAAGCCCGCCGCAAACGCUUGACCGAUUUCCAAGGACUUCAGGAGGUGAGUAGAGGCUCAAUUCCCUCGUGCUACCACCGUCCAUCCGCCAGAUCAGCCGGAACCCUAGAGGUGAAGUGUGAGACUGACCAGGAGGUAUAG